AUGAAAGAAACAGAGAUGAUGGUGGAAGAGAAGGAAAGACAUGUAGUGAACCAAAAAUGGAAGUAUGAGUCAGCCAGCCUGAGAUGUCCAGUCUAUGAGCGCAGCAACUCAUACUAUCACACCGGGUGUUUUGAGGGACUGGUGGUGGAGGUGGUGGUGGAGACUCUGUCAUCGGCUCCUUGGGCUGCGGCAUGCACAGGUGGUAUUGCCAGCAUUGGUGCCGGUCAUCGCAUUAACAUAAUCAAUACCGGCCUCAGUCAUCCACCACCAGGGUACCCUCCUAUGGGUGGCUUCAUCGGCAUAUUGCCCUGGGUCAAGGGGUGGUCCAGAGUAGAGGGCGGCAUAUCGCCUGGCCACAUUGUCAUCAAGUACUGGUACUCAGUACCUGUCAUAGGUCCCAAGUCCUCAGCUUGUUAUGACAUCCUCAGGUUCUGCCACUCCAUAGCUGAGUCAUACAAAGUUGGCCUCAGGGUGAUGGGCUUCUGCGACCCAGGUGGGGGAUGGGGGGUAGUGGACAUAGCUUCCAUCGAAGUGAUGGGGCCACUGUUCCUGUUCCCACUCCCGGAUUCUUCUAGAGAGUGCUGCUGCCUCUCUUCCAGCCUCCAGACAGGCCUUGACUUCUGGGGGGAGCCAGGCAGACUGAAUGUCGAGUCCCGAUGA